CCGGGCCGGCGCUGUCUGCCUUCUGCGUGCCAAGUGGGGACUUGGGAGAACUUUCCUGGCGCGAGGACCCUCCCAACGCCCAGGCCCAGGCCGCCGGCACCCCUGGGCCCUGAGCAGCGGCUGUCCUGCCUUGGGGCCUCGGCCCUCGCCGACCCUAGCAGCCCCCUCCCCUCCUGUCCGGCCCUACUUAGGUAGACGCUGGUAGGGGAGGGGUCCGCUCCUCACCCAGCCCUGCGCCUGCUCCGGGGUGUCCCCAUGGAGGAACGGCAGGGUCGGGACAGGAGAGCCUCUUGCUAGUGGCCGCGAGGGGAGGUCAGCUGGUGGUAGCCCAGGUCUGGCUGGAGACCAGGUUGCCCCAGGUGCUGCCAGAGGGAGUGUGUGUGUCCAGGGACCCUCUCAGCUUCCUGGGCUGCUGGCGGGGCGGGUGGGUGUUUCCUGGGUCUGGGGGCCCCGUGGGUGCCGGGCAGGGCAGCCGAAGGCAUGGCUGGCCCCCAGCCCCCUCCUCCCUCUUGCGUACCUGGGGACACCCCGGCCAGCCGGGGGCGGGGGUGACCCUGGAUGCCUGAGGCUGUCAGAGCUGGCGAGGGUCUUGGGACAGGACUGGUCCUGCUGCACAGAGGGUGCCUCUUGGUUCCGCUGUCACACGCUUCCUUCCUUGGCCAGGCCUGGGGCGCAGCGGGCCUCAGGGCACGGCCGCCUGCUGUCCCUCGCAGAGAUGACCGAUCCCUUCUGUGUCGGAAGCAGCCGCCGGCUCCAGGGCUCCGGCAGGAGUGGGCCGGGGAAGGAAGGCGGCAGGAAGGAGGUCCGGCUGCCCGUGCUGCACGACGCACCGAAGCUGGGGAUGCCGGUGGCUCGUGGUGGACAGACGGUGGCUGGCCAAGCCCCACUCUGCUUUGACCCCGGAAGUCCAGCCAGCGACAGGACGGAAGGGAAGAAAAAGGGGCGGCCGAAAGCUGAGAACCAGGCCCUCCGAGACAUCCCUCUCUCCCUGAUGAACCAGUGGAAAGAUGAAUUCAAGGCACACUCCAGGGUGAAGUGCCCAAACUCGGGGUGCUGGCUGGAGUUCCCCAGCAUCUACGGGCUCAAGUACCAUUACCAGCGGUGCCAGGGGGUAAGGGCCCCUGGGUUGGGAAGAGGUGGCCUGGGAUGUGUGUGGGCCCCGGGGCCCCGUCCCACACCUGCCCUCCCUGCCCAGGGCGCCAUCUCAGACAGGCUGGCGUUCCCUUGCCCCUUCUGCGAAGCCGCGUUCACAUCCAAGACCCAGCUGGAGAAGCACCGGAUUUGGAACCACAUGGACCGACCCCUGCCUGCCCCCAAGCCUGGGCCGGUCAGCCGUCCGGUUACCAUCAGCCGGCCCAUUGGGGUCAGCAAGCCCGUCACGGUCAGCAGGCCCGUGCCUGUCGGCAAACCCGUGCCAGUCACCAGGCCUGUGCCAGUCGGCAAGCCCAUCACGGUCAGCAGGCCCCUGCCGGUCAGCAGACCCAUCGUGGUCAGCAAGCCAGUGACCGUCAGCAGACACACACCGCCCUGCAAAAUGGCGCUGCUGACCCAGGCUGAGAACCAAGCGCCUCGCGCCAGUGGGCGGAGCAGCGGUAAGAGAAGGGCUACCGACAGCCUGGACGCCUGCCCCAUCCCACCCAAGCAGGCGAAGCCGGAGAACGGGCAGUGCGGCCCGUCUAGCACGGGCCAGAGCGCCACCUUCCAGCUGCCAGCCGAGCCGGGCAGCAGCUCCCUGCCGCAGGGGGGCAGGCCCUCGGGGAACAAAGAGGCGCUGAGGAUGGCCCAGCAGGAGGAGGACCCUGAGCGCACAAAGCACAGAAGGAAACAGAAGACGCCCAAGAAGUUCACGGGGGAGCAGCCGUCCAUCUCGGGGACCUUUGGGCUCAAAGGCCUGGCCAAAGCCGAGGACAAGGCCCGCACUCACCGCUCCAAGAAGCAGGAGGGAGGCCCCGAGGACCUACGGAAGAAGGUGCCCACCCCUCCCACCGCUGUCAGCAAGGAGGCCCCGGCCCCCGUGGCCCACUCAGCCCCAGGUGGCGCUGAGGAGCAGUGGCAGCGCGCCAUCCACGAGCGGGGGGCCGUAGUCUGCCCCACCUGCGGCGUGGUCGCCCGGAAGACCCUGGCAGGGCUGAAGCGGCACAUGGAGGUGUGCCAGAAGCUGCAGGACGCGCUCAAGUGCCAGCACUGCCUCAAGCAGUUCAAGUCCAAGGCGGGCCUCAACUACCACAGCAUGGCCGAGCACAGCGCCAAGCCCUCCGACGCCGAGGCCUCCGAGGGGGGUGAGCAGGAGGAACGGGAGCGGCUGCGCAAGGUGCUGAAGCAGAUGGGGCGGCUGCGCUGCCCCCGAGAGGGCUGUGGGGCCGCCUUCUCCAGCCUCAUGGGCUACCAGUACCACCAGCGGCGCUGUGGGAAGCCGCCCUGCGAGGUGGACAGCCCCUCCUUCCCCUGCGCCCACUGUGGCAAGACCUACCGCUCCAAGGCUGGCCAUGACUACCACGUGCGCUCGGAGCACGCGGCCCCGCCCCCCGAGGAGCCUACGGACAAGCCCCCUGAGGCCGAGGACCUGCUGGGUGUGGAACGGACCCCGAGUGGCCGCAUCCGCCGCACCUCAGCCCAGGUGGCAGUGUUCCACCUGCAGGAGAUCGCAGAGGAUGAGCUGGCCCGAGACUGGACCAAGCGGCGCAUGAAAGAUGACCUGGUUCCCGAGACAGCACGGCUCAACUACACGCGCCCGGGCCUGCCCACGCUGAACCCACAGCUGCUGGAGGCGUGGAAGAGCCAAGUGAAGGAGCGAGGCCACGUCAGCUGCCCCAAUGACUGCUGCGAAGCCAUCUACUCCAGCGUGUCCGGCCUCAAGGCCCACCUCGCCAGCUGCGGCAAGGGGGACCACCUGGUGGGGAAGUACCACUGCCUGCUGUGUCCCAAGGAGUUCAGCAGCGAGAGCGGCGUCAAGUACCACAUCCUCAAGACGCACGCGGAGAACUGGUUCAGGACCUCCGCAGAUGUGCCACCCAAACACAGGAGCCAGGACCCCGAGGUGCCGAAGAAGGAGAAGAAGAAGAGUAGGGGAGGCGGGAAGAAGCGAGGCCGCAAGCCCAAGGCCCCGCCCCCUGAGGCCCCGCCCCCUGAGGAGUCCGCACCCAGGCCUCCCCCACGCGGGGACGACUGGCUCCCAGGGGCCAGAGACAAGGGGGCCCGGGGCUCCACUGGCCGUAAGGUGGGCGCCGGCACGCCACCUGAGAAGUGAGCCAGGGGCAGGGCUUGGCCUCACACUGCCCACUGGGCCCCAUGGUCCAGGCAGGGGCACCAGGGGCAGCCUGGCCUCCAGUUCCAUAUCCACCCAUCCGUGCGUCCAGUGGGGUGGCCCAGCCACCCUCUCCUCCCUGAAGGGAUCCCUUCCUGGGCUGGGCUUCCCAGGGGGUGCUGGGGGCAGCCACGUAAGUGUAGUAGCCUGCAUGGCCAGCCCUGGGGAUGCUCUGGUGCCCAUGGGGUCGUCUGCGCCCUUGGGCCUUGUUGGGUCCCCAACCUGGCUCCAAGGCUCGGGUGACCCUGCUGAGCUGACCGUGGCUCUGGGCGGUGAGCGCCUGAGCAGCCCCUGCUGCCACCCACACUGGAAUGCAGCACCCCCAGCUACCUCCCAGCACAGACCCGCUGCCGCUGCCCGCCCGGCCCUCCCUUCUGGUCCUUCUGGUGUCUACCUCUCCAGGCCCUGCCCUGCUGUGCUCCUGGCCUCCACGGGGGCUGCUGCUUCCCUCAGGGUGCAGGAGCCAGGAUCCCAGCCCCCACCCUGCAGGCUUUGGGGGCCCCUGGGUAGAUGGGUCCCACCUGAGGAGCGGCUGCCGUGGGGGGCACCUCCCACGGCCCCUCCCCCUGCCUGCCCGCACUGCCCCUUUGAGUCUGACCCGCCAGUGAGGGCCGGGGCUCGGCCCCGGGGCUCUGUCCACUGCCUCGGGGCCCUGAGGAGGGCUGGGGUCAGGCAGGGCCUGAGGAGUGCCUGGAGGAAGCGGCCACGCGCGCCUCCGGGGAGGACACUCAGAGGGUGGGUGUGGAGGGAGGCCCCGGUCCAGGGGAGCGGGCGGGUGGCCGAGGACACGGCCUGGACGGCGGGAAUCGCGGUGUUUGCCUGUGUGCGUGUCUCCGGGUGUAGUGGGCGCCAGUCUUGUUGCUGUGACAAGUAACAACCUUUUUUAAAAUUCUGUUUUUUAUACAAAAACUCAACAACAACAAUUUGACAUUUUGGUGCUAAGGGUUCCCUGGUGCCCACGGGCUGGGGCUGGGCCCGGGCCCCUGUGCGGGCCUGGGGGUGUGGGGUCCCCGUGUGCGGGUCUCUGCUUCUCCCGCAGCCUGGCCUGUUGCGCUGGGGAGUGGGUGUAGACACACGGAGCCUCCGCCCCCCACACCCACACCUUGGUGUGGACAGAGGCGGGGUCUUGGGGCAGGGCGGCUCCCGUGUGCGCUGCAGGCGGGGUCGGGUCGGGGUGGAGUGGGGUCCAGGGUGGGAGGUGUGUGGCCGCUUCACCGGCCUCUCAGGUAGUUGGCGCUGGGUGGGGGCAACCCCUGGGACAGCCCCGAGCCCGCAGGAGGCCCCUGCUGUGGGGAGGGGUCCUGGGAACCUUGACGUUCAGCACUUUAACCCUUCGUUGUCUUUAAGGCGUGGGGGCCGCUGCCGGAGUGGCUGCCCUCCGGCCGGGGCGGGGCGCGCGAGGACCCGCGGCCGGCCGGGCCCCGCAGAUCUACCUCUGGCUCCGCGCGCCGGGAGGACGCCGCCGGGCCCUGCGGGGGCG